CCACUUGGAUGGAUGGAUAGAUGGGCCAUUGAUCCAAUGAUCCAAUUGCCCAAUCACAGCUCCUUGGUUUGCGCACCCAGGGCGUGAAAGAGGAGAGCCGUGGACGACCCUCGUAUCGGAGGACUAGGGUAGUACCGCCUCCCCAACAGAUUCGCCGCCAACGCUGAGUACCGAUUUUCAACGCGGCCGAAGGGUCUUCCGACGUAGUGGAGAGGCUCGUGCGUAAAGAUGUUAUCUUCCGCCGACUCCAAACGACUGCUGAUCAACCCGCAGGCAGCAGCCAUCGCCGAACAAGAGGAGUGCGAGGCUCGAGCAUUCAACGCUGGAAUCGAGCAGCUGAAAAGGCAAGCAACGCACGGUCGAGGGGAUCAUCCCCAUGACGACGAGGCUUCCUCUCACUCUUCCCAUUCAUCCCAUUCGUCUUACGCCGCACGGCACGGUAUGGCGGGUGUACGACCGCCGGCUCCCAUUCUCCCUCCCUUGUUCCAGGUCAUCAGCACGCUCGCCUUCCUCUUUGCCAUACAAGCUCUUGGCUUGUAUUUCUUCACAAAAGGGUUCCUCCUCACCCGCAUAGAAUUGGACGGUGUCAGCACCUGCCCUCCCACUCCCUCCUUCGAAACUGGCGCCGACGAGAGCAUCGAGUGCACGCUCCCACCGCGCUAUGGCCGCUCUCUCAUCUUUGUCGUCGAUGCGCUCAGGUAUGACUUCAUCGCUCCUGGGCCUGGCACGGCGGAGGAAGGUAGUGCAAGCUGGCCAUACGACCCGCAGGUGCACGCUGUCGUCACAACAGUCGACACACUUUUACACAACGAGCCGCGCAAUGCGCUCGUCGCGCACUUUGUCGCCGAUCCGCCGACUACGACGCUGCAGCGCCUCAAGGCACUCAUGACCGGCGUUUUGCCGACCUUCAUCGACGCCGGUGCUAAUUUCGGUGCCACAGAGAUUGCAGAGGACAACCUACUUGCGCAACACCGGCGUAAGCUUCUCACCUCCACCGUCACCGCCAGCUCUCCGAAUGCUACGGUGACGCAUGUGGGCAUGGGAUUUAUGGGCGACGACACGUGGAUGAGUGUCUUUCCAAGCGCUUUCGACUCUGGAUGGACAUGGCCAUACGACUCGUUCAAUGUCGAGGAUCUCGAUACAGUCGAUGCAGGCGUAAAGGCACAUCUGCAGCACUUCCUCCAAGCACCCAACGCGACGAUGAAAGACUGGCGCCUCCUCGUUGCUCACAACCUCGGUCUCGACCACGCUGGACACCGGUAUGGCCCCUCACAUCCGGAGUUGACACGCAAGUUGACCGAACUAAACGACCAGCUCGCAUUCAUCCUGGAGCAUCUUCCCGACGAUGCUCUCUUCAUCCUCAUGGGCGACCAUGGUAUGGAUGCGCAUGGUGACCACGGUGGUGAUGGCGAGCUCGAAACGGGUGCGGCCCUGCUGAUCUAUUCCAAGAAAGCUUGGCAAGCAGCGGAUGAAGGUGAUGCGACGACACGCUUCCUACAAAGGAGACGGGCCAAUCUUGUAACCCGUCAUAGCGAGUAUGCGCAAGAGCUAGAUUCCGAGCCCCUGUACCGGCCCUUCCGACCGUUGGCACCGCCAAGCAACGCAACAACCUCCUCAGUCCGGCCUUCGCCGCCGCUACACCGUUCCAUCCCGCAGAUUGACUUUGUCCCCUCGUUCGCACUGCUGCACGGACUCCCAAUUCCGUUUAACUCGCUCGGGACGGUCAUUCCCGAGCUAUUCCCUGGAGACCUGUUUCUCCGAGCUCUGCGCGCCAAUGCGCAUCAGAUUAAGCGCUAUCUUGUGCAGUACGAGUCGAAGAGCCCAGAUUUUAAGCGGUUUCGCGAGGAGCUACACGAAGCAUGGUCCAAAGCGGUCGCGACCGAUAAGCAAAGGAGCGCUGGCGCCGACGACGGCCUUACAAGGGAAGCUCACGAAGACGCGGCUAUCGAUGCAUACUAUGCGUUCAACCGCCUCGCUCUUGCGCGGGCAAAACAAGUCUGGGCACGCUUCGACUUUGCUUUCAUGGGUGCUGGCUUGCUCCUCCUCGCUACUUCGAUCGUUGCCGCCCUGCGCUUGCAAAGCGCUCUUGCUGUCGUUGUUUGGGAGGAUGCGUCUGGCUAUGUAGCUCACCCCGCUGUCACCACUGCGCAAUCACCUGCAACAGCGCUUGAAAGGGUAGGGAUGCGCGUUAGGCGAGCAGCCAUUGUUGGUCUCAGAGCUGGCACGCCUAUUGGCAUAGCGCUCGCUGCUGGUCUUUGGGCGGCCCAACGCCAAGGCGCGGUCCAGGUAGACCUCAAUAUUUACGGUGCACCCCUCGUCCUCGCGUCCAUCGCGCUGACGGCAACCGCCGCGUCCAUACUAUCCAGCAGUGCCACCGCGAUCAAGUCCUCCUGCGUGCCGAGCUUUUCGACCGCGAUCACCAUCCUUCUGAUUAUGCUUCACGCCGCAUCCAUAGGAUCAAACAGCUUCCUCGUCUGGGAAGACCGAGCGACUGGGUGGCUCUUGCAAACUGUCCUGUUGCUGCGUGGUGUACGAGCUAUGCGAGCACCAACGACAGUUGCACGCGCCAAGAUGGGUGUCCUGGUUGCGAUCGCGAUGAUCGCCACCCGAGCGAUGAUCAGCAUCCGCGUUUGUCGCGAAGAGCAGGCGCCGAAUUGCGAGACUACUUUCUACGCGCAGAGGCUGACUUCCACCUCAGCGGGUGACAGUCCAUCACCCGCCGGUCUCGGUGGCAACGCCGCCGAGGGCAGCACAACGGUCAAUAGUUUACUCAGUAGCGUGCUAGCGUACGCCAGCGCUUAUUUGCUGCCACACGCCGCGCAACUGCUACUCACCGUCGUCCAGUCAAACACCAAGCUCAUGAAGCUGUUCUUCUCCUGGAUCAUCCGACCGAGCUUGAUGAUGGGUAGCGGAUACUGGAUGCUUGACACACUUUUGACGCAGGAGUGGGUCCACAGCAACGAUAAACGCGUCAUCGGGCUUGCAACAUGGGGCAAGCUGGCGCUUGCGAGGUCCACUCUGUGCUUCCUUCUUUCCUGCAUUAUCAUUAUCUGGCCGUCUAGUCCCCUUCCUCUGGAGCUGAAAGUGGAAGACGCAAACGGCGCGCAGACGCAGGGCCCAUCGCCUGCUCCACCGGUACAACAACAUGUCAACUCUGGCCCAAAGCAGCGAGCCACAAUCGUCGGUCUACGGAACGUGAUGGGCUCGUCCUACCUGAUCCUCUUCUUUUUCAUCUUCGGAUUACAAUACCUGGUCGCGCAGCCUAUGGGUCAAGUUGCAGCGAGCCUGUCGCUACUCGCGCUGCUCUGUCUUGUUGACAUAGGAGCCAGCGAAGCGAUACUAUCGCAUACACCUCAAUCUCUCACCCCAAGUGAUGCCGUAGCAGGAGCGGCAGCACGACAAGAUGCCCCGCCUUCUCCUGCUGGUCCUUUGCAAAUCCUCAGCCUGGCGCUUCUGGGACACUUGACCUUCUUCAGCACAGGCCAUCAAGCAGUCCUGCCAUCGAUACAGUGGCGAACCGCGUUCGUCGGAUACCGACAAGUUACACAGCCAUUCUCGGGCAUGCUCGUCGCUCUCAACUCGUUUGGACCGCUCACCAUCCUACCAGGCCUGUCCAUACCGCUAGUCGUCAUGUGGCAGCAGGCUCCGCGACCUCGAGGCGCCAGUGCUGCCCCGAUGCCGACGAUGAAUUACUUGCUACGCGCAGGGCUGCUCCUCCUUGUCUGGCAAUCCUGCAUGACGCUCGCUAGCUGUGUAUUUGCCGCCGGCUUUCGACGUCAUCUGAUGCUCUUCAAGAUCUGGGCCCCGCGAUUCAUGCUCGCUGGCGUAAGCCUUGUUGGCGUUCACAUUAUGCUCAUCCUAGGCAUCUUGGCAGCCGGGAUCAUAAUGAGCAAAACAGCGCAGACGCUCGGCACAGACUUUGCUUGUGUGCAGGAGCCACAAGCAAAGUCAACCCCUGCAGAAGCUAAUUGACAUGGAGUCCUGUAUAUAUCCGGCAUAAAGGACUUAAGACUAUGUAAGCUGACUACAGGUAGCUCGCCCAUCCGAUGUCUAUUGCAAGGAAGCACACCGUCGUGAGUCUUGGGUCCAUUCCGGGCGUGAUUCGAAAGACUCACACAUCAAGGCAAGGUUGUGAGAGGACGUCGCGUCUCUGAUAAGCGCAUCCACAAGGUUCGGCGUGGAGAGGGACACUUCGCCUGACGUGCUGUGCGACAGCUUCUUGUAACCUUCCAAUUUGCGGCGAACUGUGUGAAGUGCAUGGCGAGCCUCUAGCGUUCGCG